UUUGCCACCUUGUAGAAGGUUUAUGUGAAUGGGAUGGGUGAUUGAGAACGCGUUGCGAUUGGAUAGGGGGGGAAAAGCGGUGGGCGGAGCCACCUUGUGCUAUAUAAACCCGCUGCGGAGCGGACAGGUACCUCACACCGUUCAGAGACUGGGGCUAGCAGACAAAUAAGUGCUGCUGCUGUGAAUUUAAACAGACUGACUCCCUCCAUCUCGCUCAGUUCCCAACAACUAGACUCUUUCCCCGAGAAAGCAAAGAUGGUCUCGUCCGGUCUACAGCUGCUCGGAAUCGGCAUGUCCCUCAUCGGCUGGGUCGGGGCUAUCGCGACAUGCGCUCUCCCGAUGUGGCGAGUCACGGCAUUUAUCGGCAACAACAUCGUGGUCGCGCAAACCAUCUGGGAAGGUCUGUGGAUGAAUUGCAUCGUGCAGAGCACCGGGCAGAUGCAAUGCAAAGUGUAUGACUCCAUGCUGGCGCUGCCCAGGGACCUGCAAGCCGCCCGGGCGCUCACCGUCAUCGGUAUCCUGUUGGCUCUGCUGGCGCUGCUGGUUAGCGUCGCCGGGGCUAAAUGCACCAACUGCGUCCAGGAUGAGUCGGUCAAAUCUCGAGUCAGCGUCGUCUCCGGGGCGCUGUUUGUGAUCGCCGGCUUGCUGUAUAUAAUCCCGGUGUGCUGGUCGGCUAACACGAUCAUCAGGGACUUUUACAACCCGCUGGUCAGCGAGUCGCAGAAGCGGGAGCUUGGGGGGUCUGUCUUCAUAGGGUGGGGCUCUGCGGCUUUGCUUAUCUUAGGAGGCUGUUUUCUGUGCUGUGCAUGCCCGGUUAUGACCGAUCAGCAAUACGGGGCUCGCUACAAGGCUGGGCUGUCCCGCCCCAGGUCCGAGUACCCGUCCACAAAUUACGUUUGAAAAGCUUGUGUUUUAUUUUAAGCUGUUCUUGCCCGCUGCACAGGGCGGGGGGGCGUGGCUGUUAAGAACGCUGAGACCCCCUUGUGGGCGUGGUUUAGAAUUUUAGGACGCGGGAAAAAACAAGGGU